UAUGAGUGAUUUAGAUUAAUGGAUUACAAAAUUAAAGAAUUGUCAAUUUUUAAAUGAAUAGGAAGUGAUAUCUCUAUGUACUAAAGCAAAAGAAAUUCUAAUUUCAGAAAGUAAUGUAGAAAUUGUUCAUACUCCAGUCACAGUAUAAAAUAUAUAGAUAUUAGGUUUGUGGUGAUAUUCAUGGAUAAUUUCAUGAUUUAAUUGAAUUAUUUAAAGUAGGAGGAGAUUGUCCAGAUACUAAUUAUCUUUUUUUAGGAGAUUUAGUUGACCGCGGAUUUAAUAGUGUUGAAACAUUUCUUUUAUUAUUAGCAUUCAAAGUUCGUUUUCCUGAUAGAAUAACAAUGUAAUAAUUACUAUGUAUUUUAAGAAUAAGAGGAAAUCAUGAAUCAAGAUAAACAACAUAAGUAUAUGGAUUUUAUGAUGAAUGUCAACGUAAAUAUGGUUCUGCAAAUAUUUGGAGGCAUUGCACAGAUGUUUUUGAUUAUCUGACAAUUAGUGCUGUAAUUGAAAAUAGAGUAUUUUGUGUACAUGGAGGAUUAUCUCCAAAUAUUGUUGAAAUUGAUGAUGUAAAAUUAUUGUAUACUAUAAUAUUUUAGGUGAAAUCUUUAGAUAGAAAAUAGGAAGUUCCUCAUGAAGGAGCAAUGUGUGAUCUUUUAUGGAGUGAUCCUGAAGAUAUUAUUGGAUGGGGAGUAUCUCCAAGAGGAGCUGGAUAUAUAUUUGGAGGAGAUAUAACUAAAGAAUUCAAUAAAACUAAUAAUUAUGAUUUUAUAUGUCGUGCUCAUUAACUUGUAUUAGAAGGAUAUAAAACUAUGUUUGAUGAUUAAUUAUUAACAGUAUGGAGUGCUCCAAAUUACUGUUAUCGUGUAGGAAAUUAAGCAUCAAUAUUAGAAUUGGAUGAUAAUUUAGAAAAAAGAUUCAAAAUUUUCUUAGCAGCAAAUGUUGAAUAAAGAGGAUUAAUUGGAAGACAUCCUGUACCUGAUUAUUUUCUGUGAU